GGUUCAGCCACAUGAUUUCUCGGAAUGGUCUUCUCUACUGCGCCGAAUGGCUUAUGUGACCCGUUUCGUAGACAACCUGAGGCAAGCUAAGAUGAAAAAACCAAGGCAGAGUGGCCCUCUGACUCGCGACGAGCUAAGAAAGGCGGAAAAUUACCUGUUUCGUCUUGCACAGCGCAGUGCGUAUCCCGAUGAGAUAGCAGUCCUGAAUGAACCCUUAUCAACCACCCAGCAACGCAAGUUUAUAAAAAACAACAGUUCGCUACGCAAGAUGUGCGCCUUUCUUGACAAGGAUGGCAUUCUAAGGGCCCGCGGCCGAACCCAAGAAUGUAAAUUCACAGAUUACGACGCCGCUAAUCCGGUUAUUCUUCCACGGAAUCACCACAUCACUAGGCUUAUCGUGUCCAACGCACACAAGCAGUUUAACCACCAGAACCAUGAGACGAUCAUCAACGAGCUUCGCCAGCGAUUCCGCAGUCCACGUCUGAAGGUAACAUACCGUGCAAUUCGGAAGGAGUGUCAACAGUGUAAAAAUAACCAGGCUGCCCCGCAACCACCUGCGAUGGCCGAUCUACCACUCGCUCGCCUGGCUGCCUUUGCUCGACCAUUUACGUACAUGGGGAUAGAUUAUUUUGGCCCAAUGACGGUAUCCGUCGGACGACGCACAGAAAAACGUUGGGGGGUACUGGCAACAUGUCUUACCAUUCGCGCCGUACACUUAGAACUCGCUCACACACUGACGACAGAUUCCUGUAUCAUGGCUAUACGCAACAUCUUCGCUAGAAGGGGAGUUCCGGCAGUGAUCUACAGCGACCGUGGCACAAACUUCCAGGGCGCCAGUAAGGAGCUACAGCUAGCGCUACAGGAACUCGACGACGACCGGCUGAUGCGGGAGUUCACCACGGCUCGAACGGAAUGGACUUUCAAUCCGCCAGCCUCUCCUCACAUGGGAGGAGCAUGGGAACGUCUGGUUCAGUCCGUGAAACGGAACCUAACUGUGCUGCAAUCGAAUGCUACGCCAACUCACGAGGUGCUCCAGAACGCGUUGGUGGAAGUUGAGAACGUUCUCAACUCGCGGCCACUCACUAGCGUCCCGCUGGAAAACGACGAAUCUCCAGUGCUGACGCCCAAUCACUUUCUGCUGGGUACGCAAAACGGCUUACGACCGUGGGUGCCAUUCGACGACAGCUCUGCAGCUCUACGAAACAGCUGGCAACGUUCGCAGGCCAUGGCCAACCGAUUCUGGAAGUUGUGGGUUAGAGACUAUCUUCCAACGCUUACUCGGAAACCGAAGUGGCUCACAACAGCAAAACCCAUUGCAGUCGGCGACGUUGUCAUCAUCGUGGACCCAAAUCUACGGCGAAACUGCUGGCCGAAGGGUCGAGUUAUCUGCGUCAAACCUGGUGCAGAUGGACAAGUGAGAUGGGCGACGGUGCAGACGGCCAACGGAAUCUACGAGAGGCCUGCCGUUAAACUCGCUGUCCUGGACGUAGGCGUUGAGAUGAAUGCUUCAGGGAGACCCUUACUGCAUUCCGGGGGGAGUGUUAACAGCGCUACACAGUUAAGCGAGCCCCUCGGCGCCCAUGCAACAAAUCAACAACACUAACCGCGCCUUCCGCCUUCUCGGGGGAUUGGCACGAAUAAGGGUGACGUGAAAGACAGUCGAACAAGCGGAGGAAAUAGUUGUCAAGUCAUUUCGUGAAGAACAAUCGUAAAUUGUAUAACCUAAACUAUCACAGUUAGAAGCAUUUAAUAAUUUUCUAGUGUGUGAGGAUUAGUGAGCGGUAUCGAUUAUUUGCAAUUCUUAAUUUAGUCAAUUCUAUUUGUGAAAAGGUGAGCCUAUAUUCAAUUUAAGAGCUAAAACUAAACCUAAAACUUACAGCUACAGUACGGAUCAAGAUAGUACGGGGACAACCUAGUACGGAUCUAAGAGUACAAGUACCGCCUUGAAGCUCACGUUCGCGUAGAAAUCAGUACAGUGCUGAACUGAGUCGUUAGGCAAAAAGUGAACGUUAAAAGUGAUCUGGUGAAGCUGGCGAAGAAAGUGAUGGUUUUCGGACAAUGGUGGCCGGUGAUUUCUGUGGACGAUGAGAACAACAAUACCACCUACCCGGCAGUGAAAGUGCUGCAAAGAGCUCCCGGCCCGAAGAGUUUACCGAUUAUCGGCAACCUUAAAGAGCUGGAUGGGUACGAUGUACCGUAUCAAGCAUUCAGCGUGCUGGCCAAAAAGUUUGGUCCCGUUGUGAAUCUGAAAUUGGGGUACGUGGACGCGGUGGUAGUCAACGGAAUCGAAAAUAUCAAGGAAGUGUUGAUCCAUAAGGCACACCAUUUCGACAGCCGGCCGAACUUCCGUCGCUAUCAACUUUUGUUUUCUGGAAACAAGGAAAACUCUCUCGCUUUCUGUGACUGGUCUGAGACUCAGAAGGCUCGUCGGGACAUGCUCGUUCCUCACACAUUCCCAAGAAACUUCUCCGGUCGCUUCAACGAGCUAAACAAUUUUGUCAUCGAUGAAAUUCGUUGCGUGGUUGGUGAAAACUCAGUCGAUAGAGUAGUCGCCAUUAAACCGAUCAUCAUGAACAUCUGUGCCAAUGUUUUCUCGCAAUAUUUCGCUAGCUAUCGAUUCGACAUCGAAGAUCCAAAAUUUCAGAAGCUUGUGAAAAACUUCGACCUGAUCUUUUAUGAAGUAAAUCAAGGUUAUGCUGCUGACUUUCUUCCGUUCCUGCUCCCACUCCACCGGAGAAAUCUGAAACGCAUGGAUCAGAUGACUGAGGAAAUCCGCGAGAUCAUGUUGAGUUCUAUCAUCAACGAGCGUUAUAACAACUGGGUAGAAGGAAGCACCGAGAUCGAUUACGUUGACAGCCUCAUCAAUCAUGUCAGAACCAAAAUCGGACCGGAUAUGGAGUGGGAAACCGCUCUCUUCGCACUUGAGGACAUUAUUGGGGGUCAUUCUGCUGUUGCUAACUUUUUGGUUAAGACCUUCGGCUACAUUGUUCAACAUGCCGAAGUUCAACAGAAAAUCCAAGCUGAAGUGGACCGUGUUUUAGAGGAGCAAGGAAAACAUUGCGUCGAUUUAUCUGACCGCAAUCAGAUGCAAUACACCGAAGCAGUGAUCAUGGAAUCUCUUCGUCUGAUCGCUUCACCAAUCGUGCCGCAUGUUUCCAACCAGGACAGUAAAAUUGGAGGUUACGAUGUGGCAAAGGAUACGCUGAUCUUCCUCAACAAUUACGAUCUCAGCAUGUCCGACGAGCUAUGGGAAUCUCCGGAACAGUUCCUCCCCGAACGGUUCCUGCAGAAUGGCCGUCUGGUGAAACCGGACUUCUUCAUUCCCUUCGGAGCCGGACGCCGGUCAUGCAUGGGCUACAAAAUGACGCAGCUGAUCAGCUUCUCGAUGAUUGCCAACCUAUUGAGACAGUACACCAUCACACCGCUAGCUGGUCAUUCAUAUUUCGUUCCGGCGGGAUCGCUCGCGAUGCCAGAGAAAUCAUAUGAAUUUCAAAUCAGUCCUCGACAUUGAAAUCCUCAAACCCUUUUCCGCUGCCCCAAACACACACACACCUACCAAAUCAAUUCCUCAUUUGCCUAUUAGGAGAAUACUCGUUCAUCCACUCGAUUUGUAAUUUAAUUCCAUUGUUUUCCUUCUCCUACUCCUACACCAUUCCGUAUAUGCUAAUGCGUCCGCCAAAAACAGAACUGAGAACGCUGCAUAUGCGAUCCACGUGAUUCGUCGCAUCAUCGCUGUCCUCUGUCCUUAUCGAAUGCGUGGAGUUUAGUUAUUAAAAUAGGAGCACUUGAAUGUUUUUCUCUCCGUUGAGUAGGAGCUUAUUGUUAUAAAUGAAAUUGACAAAGUAUUCACUGUAUUAUUGUCGACCGUUUGCACUAAAUGCGCUGUGAUGUAUUACGCUGAGUCAGAUAAAACAAAACAGGAUAUGAGAGAAUGUGAGAAUGAGACAUAGAUUAAUGUAAGGAUUCUACUGUGACUUGUAGCUGUUAGCAUCUUUCAACUGAUAAAAUUACGUAUAGAUGAUAGAUAUUGUACUUUGUUGCGUCUAAUAUAACUAGUAUGGUAAAGAAGAAAAUAUUAGUGAAACUAACGGUAGUGUUUGCUAGCACAGUCAUGAUUGCUUCGUUAAGUAACCUGAACACUUUACUGAAAUUGAGCAAACUAAGUUAUUUUAAGGCACAAUACAUUGCUUUGGUUGAUGUGGAUGCUAGUUGUAUGAAAAUAUAAAAGUAUUUUUCAAAACAUUAAGUAAA